GUCUAAGUUUUUAUUUUUGUCGUCGCCCAUUUGCCUCUACAUUAUCUUUCCAAAUUUUGCUGUUCUCCAAAUAAAGUGAUGUCGGCUAGCUGUAAAACAAAAUCAGUUGGUGUUUAAGUAAAGCGGUUCAUCGUCAUAAAUUGGAGUUGGUGUAAAGCGGUUCGUCAUCAUAGCAGUUAAUUUUCGUGGAACGGUUUUGCUAAAGAGAAGCUGGAGUUUUUUGCAAAGCGGUUUUUGAUGGUGAUUGCAAUUAAAAAAGUGGGGUAAAGUGGCUGGCUGUAUCGGUUUGCUGGAUUCACACGUUUGGUGGUACGACUUGGUGAGCGGAUAUUAUGCCGGGUAGCAAUUACAAUUUAAGACAUCAAGACAGAUCGCAAGGUGAACAAAUGGAGGGCGAUGGUGGGGUUAAUGAUGGUGCACAAGGUGGACAAUUUUCAGCGAUUGUAGCCAGCCUCAACGCUUUAACGAAUGCUGUUGCGCAAUUGAAGACGGUUACAGAGGAGAGUCAACGUGAUAUAGAGAGGCUGCGAAAUAACAUUGAACUAGAUGUACAUCAACCGGUAGUAACCCAACAGGCAAGUGAAACUACGUCCGAAAUUAUGCCGGAACGGUCCGCCCAAAAUACAUUGGUGGAAACUAGUGAGUCAGCAAAUAAAUUAUACGACUUGCCUACGUUUUCGGGUAAUACAGAAGAGUGGCCGCUCUUCCUGGCUAAUUUUAAAGACACCACCGAAGCGUUUCGUUAUAGCAAUCGGCAGAAUUUAAUGCGGCUUCACAAGUGCCUAGUGGGCCGUGCGAAAGAAACGGUAGCUUCGAUGCUGAUAUACCCCGAAGACGUGCCAAAUGCCAUCGCGGAGCUGGAGUUUCAAUUUGGUCGGCCAGACCUCUUGGUAAGAAGUCAGCUAAGCAAAAUUCAACAGUUUCCGAACAUAGCUGAAAACAAGGUUGAACAAAUUUUAUCAUUUUCAACAAGAACACGAAAUAUUGUUGCGUUUCUAACUUCAGCAAAAUGUGAGCACCACCUUAAUAAUACUACACUUUUAGAGCAACUCGUAACAAAGCUACCACCCAGCAAGCAAUAUGAGUGGACCAGGCAUGCAGUGAAUAUAAAGCCGUACGCUACAAUUAAAGAAUUUUCACAAUGGUUAAGUGACCUUGCCCGAGUUGUCUGCCUAAUGCCACCGUCAACCGCAGUUAUGAGAAGCCAGCAGCCAACGCCACAUCAACAGCCAUCUCGUCGUGUAAUGUUAGUCGGCAGUGAGCGUAAACAGGAUCACGCAGCCAGUUUAAAGUGUUAUGUGUGCGAUGGGGCACACUCGAUAAGUGAUUGUCAAACUUUCAAUGAGUCAAUGAGUGUUCGUGAUCGUUGGGAAAAGGUGAAAUCCCUGCAGCUUUGUUUUUCGUGUCUGCGUAAAGGACACAACACAUCUAACUGCCGUUCAAAAAAGCUUUGUGACGUUAACGCCUGCCGCCGCUAUCAUCAUCGGAGUUUACAUGAAGCCUCGAGUUCAAGUUCUGCGCCGCCCACACCACAAAGUCGCGCUGCAACUCAGUCUGUACUUAAUUGCAGAGAAGCCAAACAUCGAAAUAGCCAGUUUUUUAAAUAUGUGCCAGUAUCGCUGUUCGGACCGAACGGUAAAGAAGACGUUUAUGCCAUGGUGGAUGAAGGAUCAGCUAUAUCACUACUAGACGAUAGCGUAGCCACAAGAUUGGGUCUCAAAGGACGUAAGCAGCCCCUGACCUUACAAUGGUAUGGCCAAAAGUGUACGACCGAAGAUUCGACGAAAGUGAAUGUUGAAAUACAGGGCAAAUGUACAACAGCGACGUACACGCUACGAAAUAUUUGCACCAUUCGUAACCUCGAUUUACCAGAACAGUCCUUCCGUAAAGCAGAUUAUAGCCAUUUGAAGAUUUUGCCAUUAGAAGAUUAUCAUCAAGUCAAACCAUCGUUGUUGUUAGGUCUAGACAAUACGUAUUUAAGUGUGCCGUCUACAACAGUACAAGCUGGCAGCGGAAACCCAGUAGCCAUUAAUACAAAGCUGGGUUGGAUAGCCUACGGUUCAACACGAGCGCAAACUACAACGCCUGUGGUACUACAUAUUCGAGAAAAGAACAACUUGGAAUCGCUACACGAACUGGUUGCAGAAUAUUUCGCCGCUGAUAACUUUGGUGUCCACAAUGAGGCAACGAAGCAACUAGAGUCCGAAGACAAUCAACACGCUCGUCAAAGCCUGGAAGCCAACACACGUCGCAUCGGUAAGCGCUUUGAAACCGGUUUGCUGUGGAAAAGUGUUCCACCAGCACUUCCGAGCAGCUAUGCUAUGGCUUACAAACGACUGUUGGGUAUUGAGAAGAGAAUGCGCCUAGAUGAGGGUUUUUCCGCCAAAUACAAAGAAGAAAUUGCGAAAUAUAUACGAAAUGGUUACGCCAGACAACUUUCCGAAGACGAAGUAGGUAUGCAGUCAUCCUUUAAUUGGUAUUUGCCUCAUUUUGCAGUCCAGAGCCCGCACAAACCUGGCAAGAUGAGGAUAGUGUUUGAUGCAGCUGCGAAGGUGAAUGGAGUAUCUCUCAACUGUGUACUGCUAAAGGGUCCAGAACAAGCCAAGCCGUUACUGGAUAUACUAUUUAGGUUUCGCGAAGGAGCAGUAGCUGUGGCUGCCGACAUUCGUGAGAUGUUUUCGCAGGUGGUAGUGAAGCAGCCAGAUCAAUAUGCGCAGAGAUUUUUAUGGCGUGAUGGCGACUCUCAUCAGCCAGUCCAGCACUACGUUAUGAUGUCAAUGGUGUUUGGUGCGGUUUGCUCUCCCUGCAUUGCAGAGUAUGUCAAGAACAAGAACGCCGAGGACUUCCGCUCACAAUAUCCCGACGCAGCUGCAGCAAUUAUUGACAGCCAUUAUGUAGACGACUUCGUAGCCAGUUUUCAGAGCAACCAAGAUGCAGAGCGCGUUUGCAAGGAGGUUAAAUUCGUCCACGCCGAAGGAGGGUUUCAGCUUCGAUCUUUCGUAUCCAAUAUCAAAGAACUUGAAAUCGGCUUGAAUACCGACACCGAAGCCGUAUCCCAACACGUAAAUUUAGAACGACAAAGUAGUUGCGAAAAGGUGUUGGGAAUGUAUUGGAAUACCCCGACCGAUUCGUUUGAGUUCAAGUUCAGAUUCCAUCGUAUUCCAAAGCCAGUACUAGAAGGUGUACGCGUACCUACGAAACGCGAACUUUUGAGCAUUGUAAUGUCAGUUUUUGAUCCGUUCGGUAUUCUCGCGGAUUUCCUGUUAUUCGCCAAGAUACUGAUUCAAGAGGUGUGGAAGAGUUGCAUCGAAUGGGACGAAAUAUUGCCAUAUCAACUUCAACAUAAAUGGUUUGCCUGGUGGGGUGAAUUUAAACGUAUCAACGAGGUCAAGGUGAACCGCUACUACUCACCACUACUGCAGUCGCCAACAUCUGUUCAGCUUCAUAUACUAGUAGACGCCAGUCAAGUUGCAUUUGCCGCAGCUGGGUAUUUUCGUAUUGCUAGCGCACAAAAUGUCGACGUUGCCUUUAUUGCCGGUAAAACCAGGUGUGCACCUCAGAAGCUCCUCUCGGUGCCCAGACUGGAAUUGCAGGCUGGUGUACUCGGUGUUCGACUUGCCAAAGUCAUUAGUCAAGGUCAUACCAUUCAACCUGAAGAAGUCACAUUCUGGACAGAUUCGCAAACGCUGUUACAAUGGGUAAAUUCAAGAGAGAGAAAGUUUAAGCCAUACGUUGGUCAUCGCAUAAUAGAAAUUUUGUCAUCGUCGAAUCCUUCUCAAUGGCGCUGGGUACCUACAGAUAAAAACACGACCGACAUCGCUACUCGUCCAAAAUGGCCACCUAAAGCUGAGAAAUACAGCUCAUGGUUAAGAGGUCCGGAUUUCCUGCGGGAUCCAGUCGAGCAUUGGCCACCUACGCUAUGCAGCCCCAUGCCAGUUCAGCUUGAGGAGGAAGUGCAUCCGUGUCUUGUCGCACAUGCUGAGGUAAAAGAUCCAUUAUUACAAUUUAAUCGUUUUUCUUCUUUCCUCAAGUUGAGACGGGUGAUGGCAUUAGUUUAUCGAGCCGUAAGCAAGUUUCUACGUCGUGAGCACGAAAACAACAACUCCUCAGCACUGACCGUCUCCGAACUUGAGAAAGCCGAAAAAUAUAUAAUCAGAGAAGUCCAACACGAAGUUUACGCCGAGGAGAUCGCCGAACUUGAAAAAUCGAAACAUAUUCCUAAACAUAGUACUAUUCGUGCAUUAUCGCCGUACAUAGACACUGAAGGUAUUUUGAGGUUGCGUGGGCGCAUAGACGAGGCUACAUGUCUGCCGAAAGAAGCUAGAAGACCGAUUUUGAUGCCGUCUAAACACAUCGUCUCACAGCUUAUUAUGCGCCAGUACCACCAACAGUAUCACCACCAGAACGUUGCAGUAAUUUUAAGUGAGGUUCGUCAGAAAUACUGGUUUCCACAUGCCAAAUCACUAUUGAAAAACGUACAACGAAGUUGUGCCCAAUGCCGAAUUGACAGAGCCGCACCUAAACCACCAUUAAUGGGUCAGUUGCCUGAAGACCGAAUUACACCAUACGUCAGGCCCUUUGCGUAUACAGGGGUAGAUCUAUUCGGACCGUUUAACGUGGCGAUAGGGCGCCGCCGGGAGAAGCGAUGGGCAGUCAUAUUCACGUGCCUCACCAUAAGGGCGGCUCAUAUAGAACUUGCACACGACUUAUCAACAGAUGCUUUCCUAAUAUGCUUACGCAAUUUUGUAAACCGCCGUGGAACUCCGGUACGUAUCCGAAGCGAUAACGGUACAAAUUUCAUAGGCGCGCAGAGAGAGCUGAAAGCGUCAGAACGUAUUUUAGAUUUCGAACGUAUUUCGAACGAUGUAUCCAAGCGCGGUGUAGACUGGAAGUUCAAUUGCCCUUCUAAUCCAAGUUCUGGAGGCUGUUGGGAGAGACUAAUUCACAUAGUGAAACGACUUUUGACCAAAAUCAUACGUGAAGAAGUGCCAAGGGAAGAUACGCUACGUAGUGUGCUUAUAGAGAUUGAGAACAUUUUGAAUUCGAGACCGCUAACAGAAGUACCACUGUCAUCGGAAGAAGACGAUCCCAUAACCCCAAAUCAUUUUCUGUUGGGGUGCUCAAAUUCGACGCAAACGCCGCAACCAGUGGAUGGAAAAUUAUGCCUAAGAAAACAAUGGCGCAUAGCCCAAAGCCUAAAAGACAGAUUUUGGAAACAGUGGAUACGGCAUUAUUUACCACAGUUACUCCUGCGUCAAAAAUGGCAGGAAGAAGUUGAGCCCCUAAAAGUGAAUGACUUGGUGUUAAUAUGCGACACCAUGCAGCCACGUAGCCAGUGGCAAAAAGGUCGAGUUACCCGGGUAUUCCCAGCCAAAGAUGGUCAGAUCCGUUUCGCUGAAGUUAAAACUGCUGGAGGGGUACUACGUCGCCCAGCUUCGAAGAUUGCAGUCCUACAUUUGGAUGGUGAAUCCCUAGGUGAUUCACGGCGGGGUGGGGUGUAGAGGCCCCCUGUGCCUUAUGUUUCAUUUCUGCUAUUACCAUUUCUGCAUUGUGAUUGGCUCAUACAUAUAUUCGUAGCGAGUUCUUGCAUUUACUAAUACAUGCAUACAUAACAUACAUAAUUCUACCCAUUCGCUAUCAUCUGCAUGUACAUUUUUACCAACGAUCAGAGGCAAAUUUAUCGUCACCGGGAGCAGCAGCCGACAAUCACCAGCAAAUACAAAUUUGGAAACGUUAGCGUUUAGCUAGCAAUAUUUGGAAAUCUUCGCAUUUAUUUUAUGUUGUUUAACUAAAGUCAUUAAAUAAUAAAUAAGUACAAUCAAGUUUAUCAUUCUA